ACCCUCGUCAGCCCGCGACCCUUCUGCUCAAUGAAACUGGCCGCGAUGAUCAAGAAGAUGAGCCCGAGCGAUUCGGAGCUGAGUAUACCGGCCAAGAAUUGCUACCGCAUGGUCAUUCUCGGCUCGUCCAAGGUGGGAAAGACAGCCAUCGUGUCGCGAUUCCUCACGGGUCGCUUCGAGGACGCCUACACUCCCACUAUCGAGGACUUCCACCGCAAGUUCUAUUCCAUCCGCGGCGAAGUUUACCAGCUUGACAUUCUUGACACGUCAGGCAAUCACCCGUUCCCCGCCAUGAGGCGCCUCUCCAUCCUCACUGGAGAUGUUUUCAUCCUUGUGUUCAGCCUGGACAACCGCGACUCCUUCGAGGAGGUGCAGAGGCUCAAGCAGCAGAUCCUCGAUACCAAGUCUUGCCUCAAGAACAAAACAAAGGAAAACGUGGACGUGCCCCUGGUCAUCUGUGGCAACAAGGGUGACCGGGACUUCUAUCGAGAGGUGGAGCAGUCCGAGAUAGAGCAGCUGGUGGGCAACGACCCCCAGCGCUGCGCCUACUUCGAGAUCUCGGCCAAAAAGAACAGCAGCCUGGACCAGAUGUUCCGGGCACUCUUCACCAUGGCCAAGCUGCCCAGAGAAAUGAGCCCGGACCUGCACCGCAAGGUGUCGGUGCAAUACUGCGAGGUACUGCACAAGAAGGCGCUGGGGAGCAAGAAGCUGCUGCGAGCUGGGGGCGGCGACCAGACAGACGCCUUUGGCAUCGUGGCGCCCUUUGCGCGCAGGCCCAGCGUGCACAGCGACCUCAUGUACGUGCGCCAGAAGGCGGGCGGUGGCCAGGCCAAGGACAAGGAGCGCUGUGUAAUCAGCUAGAACCCCCUACCCCCAGCCCACGCAGAGGACAGAGCCUAAGGAGUACCGUUGUUCGGAAGUCCAAUCCUGUGUCCGGUCCAGCCCUGUGUGCCCUGUGCCACGUGCUCGAGUGUGUAGUGGCUUCCCCCCUCCCCAGACUUGGGGCCCCACUAACUGGGGAGGUGAAAAGGCCCGGCCACCUGCUCUGGAAGGAAGACCUGGGUGAUACUGGGACCCCUCCCAUCUGAUUGCCCGUUGGCGCCCACCACCCUCACUACCUGGGGGACAAAGGGCCAGCAGGGGGUGAAUUUGUCUGGUUUGUCACAAAGACCCAAGAAUUGGGAGGGUGUAUGUGUUAAUCAGCCACUCUUAGUCUUGGAGAAACCCGCCCCCGCUGGAGGGUUAGGAGGAAUGGAGUUAUCUUGUCUGUGAUUCCGGGUUGCCAUGACAGCUGGCAAAAGCCUUUGCCCUCUUGAAACUAAGGGGUGUGGGUCAAAUCAGCCAAGUGACUUGUUUACAUGCGUGUGUGAAACUGCGCAAAGGAAAAACAAAACUUGCACUUUAACAGUAGUUCUGUUGUUGUCAUGAACAAAAUCUCAUCCAGAUGUUUAUACUGUAAGACAGUCUUUAUUGUUUUUUAAAAUAUAAAAUAAUUUAAAAUGAAAAA